UAGUGACGCACGAGGCCGGGCGGCUCCAAGGCUGCCGGCUGGGGUGAGCAGCGGAGCGCUUGGGCUUGGAGUAGCAAAGAACGCGCUCUCCCGAGAAAGUAUAGCCACGGCUUAGACAGCCAGGGAAACGUGUGCGGGGACGCGGAGGACCCAGGCUCUCGUGCAAGCGCGGAGUUGGACGUGCAGGGCUGCUGGGGUCACGCGGGGCUCUCACGCCUCCCCUCCGCGUGAGUUCCAGGAUGGUCCGCGCCGGGAUCGCGCGCGAGGCUUGAAGCGCCGGUGAAGCGCGCGGGUCGGAGUGACAGCUGCGCUACCGCCUGGCUCCGGUCCGCAACGCGCCAUGGACGCAGAGCUGGCAGAGGUGCGCGCCUUGCAAGCUGAGAUCGCGGCCCUGCGGCGAGCGUGUGAAGACCCACCGGCGCCCUGGGAAGAGAAGUCCCGAGUCCAAAAAUCUUUUCAAGCCAUACACCAAUUCAAUUUGGAAGGAUGGAAGUCUUCAAAAGAUCUGAAAAAUCAGCUUGGACAUUUAGAAUCAGAACUUUCAUUUCUAAGUACGCUUACUGGCAUCAAUAUAAGAAAUCACUCGAAGCAGACAGAAGACCUAACAAGCACUGAGAUGACAGAAAAGAGUAUAAGAAAAGUUCUACAGAGACACAGAUUAUCAGGAAAUUGCCACAUGGUUACAUUUCAACUUGAAUUUCAGAUUCUGGAAAUUCAGAAUAAGGAGAGAUUAUCUUCUGCUGUUACUGACCUCAACAUAAUAAUGGAGCCCACAGGAUGCUCAGAAUUAAGUGAAUUUGUGUCUAGAGCAGAAGAGAGAAAAGAUCUGUUCAUGUUUUUCCGAAGCCUGCAUUUUUUUGUGGAGUGGUUUGAAUAUCGUAAGCGCACGUUUAAACAUUUCAAGGAAAAGUACCCAGAUGCUGUGUACCUCUCAGAGGGGCCCUCCUCCUGCUCCAUGGGGAUCCGCAGCACCAGCUGGCCAGGGUUUGAAUUAGUCAUUGUUUGGAGGAUACAAAUAGAUGAAGAUGGGAAGGUUUUUCCAAAGCUGGAUCUUCUCACCAAAGUCCCACAGCGAGCCCUGGAGCUGGACAAGAACAGAGCCAUAGAAACCGCUCCUCUCAGCUUCCGAACCCUGCUAGGACUGCUUGGAAUCGAAGCUGCUCUGGAAAGCCUGAUAAAAUCGCUUUGUGCAGAGGAGAACAACUAGUUCCAAAACAGUGAAUGUGGAGGAUUAAGAUGCUGCGUGGAGGAGCAUGCAAUUUUAUUCAAUAUAAACAUUUGCUAUUUUCCACUUAGAAACCACACUCUGAAGACAUGCUGUCUAUGCAGUUAUGGCACAUUAUAUGGAAACUCUCAUGACAUGAAAAAUAAAUACAACUAGUUAAGUAUAAAAGUGACACGUACAAUGUGGUUUACAAAAAUAAGCUUAACAUCUGAGAAAAUGUACCGAGUGGUUGUGUGUCCUCAGAUGUGUGGGGAGGACCCAUCCCCCCACCCACCGCAGCCUUACACGGAGUCCACCUUGGACAUGGCGGCCACAUUGCUCAGUUGGGAGAAGCCACCCUUAUCCUGGUUCCUGCCUCCUGGGGGCUCUGGAGAUGGAUGCCUAUGGCGCCUCAUCUUUAAACUGUACUUAGUAGCCCAGGGGAGCCACGCCCACGCUCCCUGCCUCCCCUUGGUCCGCACAGUGGCGCUGUGAGGCAGUCUCAGCAAGUCCUCACGCUGUUCUUGGUCUUCCACAAGAAAGUGGAGCUGUCAGCUUAAUAACAAGAAUAGCCUAAGACAGCAAAGAGCACUGUUCCUGGGCCAGGAUGUGAGGAAUGAGGUCCUUUAUGAAAGACCCCCCUGCACAGCCUAAGUGCUACAUCGAUCGUCCCAGACGUGCCAUUAAGAACCGUGACCUCAUCAUCAGUCGCCCAUUUAGCAUUGUUAGGAUCUGUGAACGUGUGUUGUCUCAAACCAAUCAGGGCCGUCAUGACCACGCAGCAGCAGCAGCAGUUUCCAGGACGGGCCAGAAACGCAUCCACAGCAGUGGCACCUGUGGCUCAGGGGCUCCUCACAGCCCGGACUGGUGGGACCCAAGACCAGAAUGGGGGUGUCCGUCUGUUUUCCCUUCUCCCUCAAAUACAGGCUGUUUUCAUCGUGUCUAGCCCAGCCCUGUCUGGGCCCUGUGCUAGGCAAUAACUAACUCUUGCAGCCCUGAAGGACCUAGGGAGCCCAGCCCACCUUCCCAUGGACUGGGGUUCCCUCACAUGUGCACUUGAACCCAGGACCCAGCAUCCUCCACACACCAUGACAGUGGGCAAAAUCAUCCCAAAUGAGGCUGCCCCAGCCCCAGCCCAGCAACAGUGAACUCCCUUGGGUCAAGACAGUACUCAACAGCCACUCCCUCCACACUUCCCAGAGCCUGCGGCUCGUCCAUGAGCUCCGUGCACUUUACCAAAGCCCCCAUCCCAGCACACAGGAGCUGUGUGUAUGAGACAGUGUCAUUCGAAGUGAGAAGAAAACAACAGUAAAAGUGUCCGGUUGUAUAAGUAUCUAUCUAUCAUCUUUUUGCACCUCUGAGUAUAGAAUUAAUUAGAAGUAAAUAUGACAGAAUUGAACAAUAAAUUCUAGAAGAGUUGCCUUGAUUCAAACAAGUAUAAUUCUCAAGUUAUCACAAAAUUUCCCACAAAAAUUUACAAUCAAUCAGCAAAAUAGUUUCCUUAUUUCUCAUGUAUCAUUUUCAUAUAAUUCCAUGGUUUCACUAAUAUUAUAUGUUACAAUAAGCCUCCAUUAGUCCCUCAAAACGAUGAUAUAAAUAAGUCUGUACAACCUAGCAUAGAAUAAAAAACUGAAACCAA